UUCUUUCCGGGAUUACACUGACGAGGAAAGGAUGGCUCAGAAUAAUUAUUUCGGCUUUACUCACGGUGGCACGCAAUAUGGAGCGACUAGUGCGGCUGCUUAUCAAACGGGUCAAGCUGGUUAUGCUGUAACACCCACAGCUACCGCCGCUACUUACACUCAGAGGCCAGCGGCAGCUGCCCCCCCUGGGUACGAGACAUACCAAGCCGCUGCAGCGGCUGCCACUGGGACGACUUAUGCUGCUGCUAAUCCAGGUACAGUAGCCCAAACCUACGACUACGGUUACGGUCGUGCUGCACCAGCAGCGACAUACGACGCGACAAAAACCUACUAUCAGCAGCCAGCUGCUGCUGCUGCAACCUACACUACAACUGAGACACAUUACCAAGCAGCUAAGCCUGCCUAUAGCACGACAAACGCAUACACAGGGACAGCUAGACAGGCCACGACAACUGGACAGGCAAAGACUUAUCAAGCCUCGAGCACAGCUUAUCAGCAGUCCAAUCCGACCCAGAGUGCUACUUAUUCCUCAGGGUAUACAGCACCUGCGGUACCUCCUGCUGCACCACCUGCAGCUGCCAAUAAACCAACGAGUACAACGUAUUCCGGCUACGACGCAGCGCUUUAUAGCGCUGCGACAAUGUACGUAGCACAGCAAAGUGCAAACAGCAAUUCGACUAACCAGAAGACUGGAGGUUGGCAGGGCUACGGACGCAAGGGCUUCGCACCCGGUGGUGGUGGAGGCGGUGGUGGUGGUGGUGGUGGAGGCGGUGGUGGAGGUGGUAUGAAGAGUAUGCGGGCCAAGCAGCCACCAAAGCCCCAACAAUUGCACUACUGCGAUGUCUGUAAGAUCAGUUGUGCUGGGCCACAGACAUAUCGUGAACAUCUCGAGGGGCAGAAGCACAAGAAGAAGGAGGCAUCACUCAAGGUGCCACAGCAGCCACCAGCACGUGGCGCUGGCAAUUCGUUAAGAUGUGAACUGUGCGAUGUCACCUGCACUGGUAAUGAUGCUUAUGCCGCACACAUUCGGGGGGCCAAGCAUCAGAAGGUCGUUAAACUUCAUACGAAACUGGGUAAACCCAUUCCCAGCGCUGAUCCAACUGUUUUGAAUCCCAAACCUGCUGCUGGGGCUAAAGCUGCGGGGGCUGCCAAGAAACCUAUGGUCACGGCCACUCCAAAGAUCAAUUUUGUUGCUUCUGGCAAUCUGGGUUCAGUCGCCGUGAACCAAUCUCAGCCACCAGAGCUUAAGCCAGAUGACCCAACCCCCGAAGAAGCCACAGAGGAGGCCCCCACCGAUGAGAAGGACAUCCAGCCAGUGGGCCAGGAAUACAUUGAAGAGAAUAAAUCGGAGGACGGUAAGAUCAUAAGCUUUAACUGCAAGCUCUGCGAGUGUCGUUUCAACGACCCCAACGCCAAGGACAUGCACAUGAAGGGUCGUCGUCACAGAUUCGCCUACAAGAAGAAGGUGAACCCCGACCUCGUAGUCGACAUGAAACCAAGCCUGAAGCAGAGAAAAAUGCAGGAGGAGAAGCAGAGGAGGCAGCAGGCAAGGGAGGAGUUCUCACGUAGACGAGAGGACAUGGGACAGAUGGGGCCAAUGGGGCCCAUGGGUCCCCUCGUCGACGAGGAGAUGAUGUACUGGGAGGAGAGACGAAGAUACGAGGAGGAGUGCGAGUACUACGAGUGGUACAGACGUUAUGGAAGGGGUCCAGGUGCACCACCAAUGCCUCGUCCCUUUCCAGGUCCACCUCCCAUGAUGAUGUUCCCAGGGCCCCAGCGACGUCCCGACUCGUCUGAUGACAAACACGUGGCUGCCCACCACUCAACCAUCUAUCCCAAGGAGGAGGAACUGCAGGCAGUUCAGAAAAUCGUGUCACACACUGAAAAAGCCCUUAAAUUCGUGUCUGAUGCACUUGCUGAGGCCACCAAGAAGGCAACACCAGCGACAACUCCAGCGACAACACCGACACCUGCUGCUGGGGCUGUCGCUGUUGGCAAUAGUGCUGAGGGAAAGAAGGAGGAGGCAGUGGACAAGAAGAAGCCAGCUACUCCACCGCAGAAGGAGGAUGGCAGCGAUGGGAAUCUGUUCUCGUUUCACAAGGAGAAGGAAGACUCGAGGAUUCUCAGGGGCGUCAUGAGGGUGGGAAAUCUGGCAAAGGGACUGCUCUUGUCUGGGGAUAAUCACGUCUGUCUGGUUGUUCUGUGCCUUGAGAAACCCACCAAAACUCUGCUGAAUAAAGUUGCUGAGAUUCUACCUGCUCAACUGAAGAUUGUGGCGCCUGAGGACAACUACAAUGUUGGAAAGCAUCCGGAGUCCGCUGCCAUCACUGUCUCUGGGGGGAGUGUCACUGUCAGUGUUACUUUGACCAGUCCUCUUAUGAGGGAGACACCAAAACCAGCUGGUGCAGAUAAUGCUGGACAGCAGCAACAGGGAGCUGCUCCACCGCAAACAACGCCCGCGACGCCCGCAGUGACCAAACCAGACCCACCAGAUGUACUACCCAAGGCUAAGUGUUUGGAGGCUUUAGCUGCACUCAGGCAUGCCAAGUGGUUUCAGGCUAGGGCUACUUCACUCCAGAGCUGCGUUAUGGUCAUUCGUAUUAUGCGAGAUCUUUGCAAUCGUGUUCCUACGUGGGCACCACUCAAUGCUUGGGCGCUUGAGUUGCUGACUGAGAAGGUUAUCAGCACUGCUGGAUGUCCCCUGUCCCUUGGGGAAGCACUAAGACGACUCUUGGAGUGCGUCGCUGGAGGAAUUCUGCUUCCAGGGGGUCCUGGACUUGCUGAUCCCUGUGAGAAGGAGCCUGUCGACGCAAUAGGUGGUAUGACAGCUCAACAACGCGAGGACAUAACAGCCUCAGCUCAACAUGCCCUUCGUCUAGUUGCAUUCCGACAGAUUCACAAGGUCCUGGGUAUGGAGCAGCUUCCACCCCCAAAGCACAAAGCUCGUUUCACGCGUAAACGCAGACGUGACAACAGCAAUGGCGAGGGAACAGACAGUGAGGUAUCCAAGAAGGAUAAAAAAGCUGAAGAGACCAAGGCAGAGAUCAAGAUGGAGACAGACUCCAAGUAAUUAAUGUAAAGAUAAUUAAUUAAUACUUGUAGACGUAUACCGAGCAUCAAUAAUUCAUGAAAUCAUAUAUUGAUUGUCACCAAAACCAUUAUUUAUAUUAUCGAGGGAUAAUUGUGGAUUUAUUGGAGUAGAUGAUUAAGGACUUGAGGGUGGAUCAACAUUUUAAUAAAUGUUUCCACCUGGGGAAUUGCUAAGUUUCGAGGAAUGAGUGAGGGAAAUUACUGAUAAGAAGACGUCAACGAAUUCAUCCAGAAGUUUAUGAUUUACGAAAAAAAAUUAUUUUCGAUUAAUUUCCAUGAUUUGUCUUAAGUUCUCUUUUAUUAUCGAUUUUUAUUAUUUUCUGCUGUGAAAUACAACAUGCAGAGGUUAAUAUCAAGAGACAUUUUCCCCUGGGACUCAUCAUUGUCGAGAUGAUUUUUUCCUGUUAAGAAUUACUUCAGGUUUUUUAGAAUUUCCCCCGAGGGCUCUGGAACCUGCUCCCGCAAUAUGACAAUUACAUUUUUUUAUUCUAUACGAAUAACAAUUGAAUAGAAGUCAAUGAUGUGUGAACGCGACAUAUAACGAAUCGUUUGAAAUUGGGGGAUUUAAAUGAAUAAAUUUGAUUUAAUUUUUACGAGGUAAGAUUGUAGGGUGUAGUUUGUAUUUCGAGACUCGAUGUGUAUGUUGUGUGUUUAGUCGUAAUGAAUAUGGAGUGAUGAAAUGUGAGGAUUAAUAUUCACAUUUAUGAACUACUGAUAAUUUUCUGUGUAAUUUUUCCACACCACUCCCUCCACAAGAGUUAUUACGAAAAAAAUUAAUGUAAUUGAGGAUUUUCGCUGAUUAUUUUGUUCGGUAGAUCAUUUUGCAGGCCAUUGGAUUUAUGACGUUUGUAGCACUGCUGAUGUACUUUGAAUAUUAUCGAAAUUAUCAAUAAACCAAAUCUUAACUGAA